AUGGAGGACGAUGAUCCUUGGGGUUGGUCGGUUGACAGGAUAGUUCAAGAGUUUUGCACCGACAAAAGAUCGUGGGGACUUCGGGCAGCCUCCAGCUGUUUACCAGACCCGGCGUAUUUAGAGAAGGUUUUUCGGGAGAAUGAAAUCACGGGAGAUAUCCUUCUACUCGAGAUUGAUGAUAAGACGCUGCGAGAGGAUCUUCAAAUAUCCAAACUUGGCUGGCGGUCUUUCAUUCGAUAUGGAAUCGAGCAACUCCGCGAAAGAAGCGCAAAAUACCAGGAUUGGUAUACCAAAGAACGUCGUUUGGCCAAUUCUGCUCUGAUUCCAGAGAAACAUGGUAACAGCCUGCCGAGUGUGUCGUCCCAACCCGAGUUCAACUUCACCAUCAAUUCGACUAUACCAAUUAAUUUUCCAGCUGAAGCUGAAGGGUUAAAUUCCAAUUCGAAUCAAGCCGGUAAAGAUGUGUCUGAUGUAUCUGAAGGCAACAAGCGACGGAGAAUGGAUGAUGAACCUCUUCGUCAAAAUCUGGACCAACCAUUGGAGAAUGAUGUUUCUGAAGCGCUCCUCCUUACACCCUCACUUUCUCCCAAUCGUUCCUGGCCCUCGGACGAUACAAUCGAAGUCACCCGGCAACAAUUAUCGUCAUGGCCCGAAAUUAACCCGGAAGCAUCCCUCGUCAAUUCUUCAAAAGCUGGAAAGUCAACCUUCAGUUUCGAUUCAAAUGCGAAAGGUGAUCUUCUGGCGAAUGCUUAUGAUCAUCCCGAUGCUCUGAACAAAUACAACAUGCUCAGGGGGGGUGAUGAAGAGUUACCAUUGUAUGGUGAAUCUGGCUCAGAGAAUGGUUUUGACACAGAAACAUGGGAAGCCAUAGAUGAGGAGGCUAGGGAGAUGGCUGCAUACAUUGAAAAGGAGAAGCAAAAGAACAAAUUUCUUACCCCACAAGAGGUAGAAAUGGCUGUUGAUGCAGGUAUCGCAGAUCUGGUUUCCCAAUGGCAAGAAACAAAGCUCCCCAAACGUCGCCAAAAAGCAUUUCGACUUUGGAAAAAGUCACGUCGGACAGGAUCAAAGCAUGCAGAUAUCCUAAAAGCACAGCAAGAUUUAAAACAUCUUGUUGAUAGACGCAUCCCCAAACUCCGAGAGAACAUAAUACUCGGUCAAUGGUCAAACGAGCAUCAAGUACGCCACCAAACUCGCAUCAUGGAAGUAACUAUUUUUGAUCGAGAGGAUCUGGUCUACACAAUUUCUCUUCUCCAGAAGAAGUCUCCACCUCCGAAACUGACCACAGAUAUUCCUGUGAAACCUAAAAAAGCCGUCCCAUCUGCAUAUGACAGUAACUCUGGAGAAUCCAUACAUAGCGAGUCUUCCGGGGUCGAGAGUGUCCGCGAUAUUGGCGAUUUUGUUGUUGAGGAACUGGACCUUGCGGAUGAUGAGGAAGAUGUGACCAUGUCUGAUGACAGUCUCUCAGAAGCUCCCAUGACUCCAGCUCGAGGGGUAGCUAAACCAGUUUCAAGAUCCAAGUCCUCUAUACUCCAUGAUCAUACCAGUGAAGGGGACCACAAUGUGGCUCCAUUAUCUGACGACGAAGAACUCGGAUCUCCCGAGCCAAUGACGCACUCCUCUUACGAUAAAUUCAAGUCCGAAUGGGCAGUUCCAUUAUCAACAUCCACACCUAAGAAGACUAGUCCCGCUUUCAUCGACUUGGUAACGCCGGAUAGCAAUCGAGUAUCCAGAUUGAAGUCAGACCUCAAAGCUACAAGUCAUAUCAAUCCAAUCAUUCUUUCAUCCGAAUCUGAUAAAGGGCAGCAUCUCUUACGACCAGUAUCGGGUCCAAAUAAUCCCCCGUCGCUCACGACACCAGCCACUGUGUCUCGCUUUGGCUAUAAGACUUGGGAGGACUCUAAAGACCGAGAUCGACUCAUAGUUACAGCUGUCGACAAGCUUCCAAGCCACGUACAGAAGUCUCUGUUUGAGCUUAUUGCGACAAUGGAUGAUGAAACAAAGUUGCGAGCCCGUGUGGAGGAAUCCAUAGACCUCGGCCACGAGACUAAGGGCUUGGAUGAGCAGUUAUCCAUGGCAUUACUGAAUCUUGUCAGGCUAUUCUGGAUUUUUAUUGAUUGCAAGUUCCACCUCGCAAAUGACGGAUGGAUGCGUAUUGCAGCUAGUGCAAUUCGUAGUGAUGACUUCAGCUCCCUUCACUAUUUUUAUACACUUUGCAAAUCAUUACAGGGUUAUUUCAAUCCAAAGAUUCGUCUUAAUUUUUUUAAAGCAGACAUCCCAUUAGAAUCUGGAAUGGUGUCUAACGACGACGAGGAUAGUGAGCCUCAAGGUUCGGUCAAGAGAAAACGUAAACCGGUUAGUACAAGUGAUAGUGAGGAGUUUUUUGAAGAACAGGAGUCACCAAGCAAGAAGCCAAGAAAAUUUUUUGAGGAUGCAAAUGCUCGGAACUUGCGAGAGCAAGAUAGAGCACGAGUAACUGCACAAGAAGAACGCAAAAAACAACUCCGAGCUAGACUCAUGGAAUCUGACAAUGUUGGAGAUGUGGCAUUAGACCGUCACAUCAUCAAUGAGGGAAAAUUUGAUGAUCAAGGUUACAUCUAUAUUGAUAAAGAGAUCGGCAAACGCAUAAAACCUCAUCAACUAGAUGGCGUAAGAUUCAUUUGGAAUCAAAUCACUGCCGAUGGAAAAGCAACGCAAGGAUGCCUUCUGGCUCAUACUAUGGGACUAGGAAAAACUAUGCAAACAAUCACCAUACUCGUUGCGCUGGCUCAAGCAGCCUCCUCUAAGGAUGAGUCUAUAUCAUCACAAGUUCCCGAAAGUCUUCGUGUGUCAAAAACGAUCGUCCUUUGUCCUCCAGGAUUGAUUGCUAAUUGGGUGGACGAACUUCUUACCUGGUCUCCGGAUGAUAUUCUUGGAGAUUUGAGACCUGUCGAGUCAGCCUCCAGCCUUGACAGCAGGUUCCGUACCAUUAACGAUUGGUUCCACGAGGGGGGAAUUUUGCUCAUAGGAUAUGAUAUGUUCCGCAAAUUCAUUACCACACCGAAGCCAAAACCAGAUAAACCUUUAACACAUUCUUAUAUCAGCAAGAUGGAGCGCGCAAAGGCUCAACUUCUUGAAGGUCCAAAUAUUAUCGUGGCCGAUGAAGCGCAUAAGAUGAAGAACUACAAUUCUGCUUUGAAUUGGGCUGCCUCCCAAUUCAAAUCUAAAACUCGCAUUGCAUUAACCGGAUCACCACUUGCAAACAACGUAGAGGAGUAUCACACGAUGGUUGAAUGGGUUGCACCUAAUUACCUUGGCCCUAUAGAUGAGUUUCGAAAGAAAUACAAAGAACCAAUCGAACAGGGGCUUUUUAUCGAUAGCAGCCGGCAGGAGAGGUUUAAUAGCAAGAAAAUGCUUGAGGUUUUGAAGGGUGAUUUGUCCCCGAAGGUUCAUCGUGCAGAUACAUCAGUCCUUAGAGAUGAUCUACCGCCCAAAAAGGAAUUCGUCAUCAACGUCUCUCUUACUGAACUCCAGAAGCAAGCAUAUAUCACCUACGUACGUUCAAUGUCAUCACAAAAACCGGCUCGAACAAAGUCCGGAGAGCUGAAGCAAACGACUGUAUGGUCAUAUAUCAACAUUUUGACUUUACUUUGCAACCACCCCUACUGUUUCAAGGCAAAGUUAGAUGAGCGAAGCAGUGAGGUUCACGGAAAUUCUCAAUCUGAUACACGUAUCGCUACCACAUCUCACUGUCGGAAGGGUAAACGAACAGACGUUAUAGAUGAAGAUCUUGAGAAUGAUCCAGAAGCCUGGAAAAUUGGGGUCUCUGAAGACUUAAUCUCUGCAGAAGCAAAGGUCUUUGAGUCUGUAGAGAGCAUUAGAAACCCAGAAUUGUCAAACAAAGUCAGAAUUCUUUGUCAAAUACUCGACGCUUCCAAAGCUGUUGGUGAUAAAGUUUUGGUAUUCUCACAAACGCUUGUGACCCUUGACUUCCUCGAAGAUAUGUGUAAGGAACAAGGUAGAAAAUAUGCAAGGCUCGAUGGUAAAACUGCUAUGGGUAAACGGCAAGCAAUUGUCAAGGAUUUCAACUCCAACAAUUUAGAGCUCUAUCUAAUUUCGACUAAUGCUGGUGGCUUGGGCUUAAAUUUAUACGGUGCUAAUAGGGUGGUCAUAUUUGACUUCAGGUACAACCCUAUCAACGAAGAGCAAGCAAUCGGUAGAGCAUAUCGCAUUGGCCAGAAGAAACACGUGUUUGUUUAUCGCUUGAUGGCUGCUGGCACAUUCGAGAAUAGUAUCCAAAAUAAAGCAGUAUUCAAAACGCAACUUGCCUCGAGGGUCGUCGAUAAGAAGAACCCAUUAUCAUGGGCUCAGAAGGGUUUGGGAGAAAUUCUCUUUGAACCAAGACAAAUACCACAAGAAAACCUUACAGAGUUUGAAGGAAUGGACAAUGCUGUUUUAGACAAUAUCCUUAGUCUCAAAGAGAAUAAGGGGGCGAUUUUAAAGAUUAUCCAGUCUGAUGAUUUUGAGAAGGAUGACGAUUAUCAUAUGACCCCUAAGGAGAAAGAGGAAUUCCACACAACGGUUAAAGAAGAAAAACUAAAGCGCUCUGAUCCCGAGGCUUAUCAGAAGGCUGUGCGGACAAGAAAACUAGCUGAAACUGCUGCAGGACAACAGAUUCCAUUGAGACAUCAACCACUAAUGCCCUCCAUUGUCAAGAAUGAAAUAGUCAAUGGUAACAAGCCUCGAAAUAACUUCCAAACUAAAAACCCAAACUCAGAUAUAGAAGAGAUAUCCGCAGGACGAUUUAAAGAAAUAACUGCAGGACGAAAUGCCAAGGAAACUUUCGUUAGAGUACUUAAAACAAUCGCCAGGACUAUGCAUCAAUUCGCGGACGACGAGUAUAAAAUAAGGCAAAGAGCAAUUGAGAUUAGCAAGAACAUCCAAAAGUUUUAUGAGAAUAAGUUAAAAUGGGAUGAUGAACGUCAAAGAGUAGUCUAUCAAAGGGCGUACGCAUUCGUUCUCGAAAAGGAAGAUAAGGCUCAAAAACUCUUGACCCUGGAAUUGGGAACUGAGGAAUUUAUAACUCGAGUUUCAUCUUGGUGGAAAGAGCGCCCAACCCCAAAGCCUGUUAGUGGCAAACAAGUUCAGAAUUCUGCCCUAUCAGUCAACCACCAGGAGCUCGGAGCUGCUGUUCCAUUGACCAAGAACGGCAACAGUGAAGCCGUGGAUGGUCAUGUCACGGUUGAGUCUGUAAUUUCUCCGCAAUGCGCCUUUUUAGCUGCCGGAGCUAGUAAGUCAUUUGACGGGCCAAGCACACGGAAUCCAGAGAGCGUGAAAUCUUCGGAAGAUUCUAAUAUUAUCGACCGCCAGUCGAAGCAGGCAACUGAAUCCGAAGAGCAAAACGUCUUAUCACAAGACUCCACAGGAGAUAUCCCGAACCAUAUACCAAACGGCUCACUUUCUGAGGUAAUAGAGCACCCUGGUGCACCUUCUGUUUUGAUUGCGCACCCACCGGAUAAAAGCAGGGUAGAACAAUCCGCAAAUGUUUCAAGCCAUGAAUCGUCAGCCACAAUCACUGAGGAUUCCUGUGGUAUCCUCUUCCAAGAGGAAGAAUAA